AUGCCCUCAGCCUGGACCGAUGACAACAACAACGACCAACCCCUAAACCAUGCAUCAUCCCCAACCCCAGCCGCCAAUUUCCUCACGACAGAGAUCUACAACAUCGGCGCCCAGCCGGGCAUCCGCUCGCUGCCCCCGAGCCCAGAACGCGACUUCCUGGCCCUAACCUGGGGCCCCGUCGUCUAUCGCACAGCCUACAGCGCCCGCUCGGACCGACUCUUACCAGUGUACCUGCGCGCCCUGUCCUACGAGGUCCAGGCGGCCAUCCCGCGCCGGCUCCCUGGCACGCCCAAGCAGCGGCACCUCCUCGAGACGAGCUACGCCUGCAAGGUCUUCAGCGACGAGACGCGGUACGCGGGAGCGGAGAUCGGCGCCGUCCGCCGCGCGUUCCACGACUGGAAGCGCGCAGACCUGGCGCUGCCGCUGAUGGAGCUACCGGCGCGGUUGCGGGUGUGUUUGGUGGUGGACGAGGAGGUGCUGCGGGCUUUGGAGAGUAUGACGACGAAGGAGGAGGACGAGGGAUCCGGGGAGAUGUCUUACGGCCGAUGUCCGGUCAUCAUGGUGGAGGAGAAUUUCCCGGAUCGGAGGAGGCGGGACUCCAACCCCGCGGACGGAGAUGGUCUUGAUGGGUGGAUUCAUGUCUCUUGGAGUUUGGGCUCUUUUGGCUCAGGAGUGUACACCAUGGAUCGGUAUCUCUCCAGAAAACGGGCCCGGAGUCCUCCGGCGCCCACCUGCUCGGACGAAGAUUCGACCGAUAUGAAGCUCGCGCGCCUGGCCUCACUCUUCCCGAACAUGGCUCUAGAUGCAUUGAUGGAGAUUCUACUCUCCACUGGCGGCUGCGUCGAGACGGCAACCACCACAAUCCAAGCUCAAGCCUCUCUGUACCCUCUCAAAAGGCGAUCAACGGCUGGCGCCACACCCGCCAUUCAGACUUCCUUAAAUGCCCACAUGCGAAUAUCCCACCACCCGGACAAAAAGCGAUCGCUGACCCGAAAAGGCAAGACGCUGCAUCUAUACUCCCCGGAAGACAUCGCGGCGCACACGCCCUGCACCAUAAUCCACAACUUCCUGCCCGCGGAGCAAGCCAACGCGCUCCUCCUCGAGCUCCUCGACGAAUCGCAGCACUUCUCGCGCUACCGAUUCCAGCUCUUCGACCGCACCGUCCAGAGCCCCCACUCCGCCAGUAUCUACGUCGCCACCCCCGAGCAACACCGCCAGCACACCUCCGAGUACACCUACGGCGGCACCUACCGGGCCACCGUCCGGCAGACCACCCCUCACCUGCGCGCGGUCUCCGGCAAGGUCCAGCAGGCGGUCAACGCGGAGAUCCAGCACCGCAUCCGCACCGUCUACCCGGGCGGCCGCAAGCUGAAGUAUCAGUCCCCCAAGGAGUGGAUGCCCAAUGCGGCUUUUGUGAAUUGCUACGACGGCCCCACGGAGGCGGUUGGAUACCACUCGGAUGAACUGACCUAUCUCGGCCCGCGGGCCGUGAUCGGAAGCUUGAGUCUCGGUGUUGAGCGGGAGUUUCGUGUCCGAAGGAUUGUACCGAAGGAACCGAAUCCUUUGGAAGCACACAACAACUCUCGCAAAGCACCGGCGACAUCGUCAUCACCAGCAUCAGCAUCAGCAUUAGCACCAUCCCGGGCAGACGCUCAGGGUCAAAUCUCUAUACACCUUCCGCACAACUCGCUGCUGGUCAUGCACGCUGAGAUGCAAGAGGAAUGGAAGCACGCCAUUGUUCCGGCACAAACCAUCUCGCCGCAUCCGCUGGCGGGGAAUCGGCGCAUCAAUGUCACGUAUCGGUGGUACCGCGACUCAUUGCACCCGCGGUACACGCCCCGGUGCCGAUGUGGCGCUCAUACGAUUCUGCGUUGUGUGCAGCGCAGACGCGAGACCCGGGGCCGGUAUAUGUGGAUGUGCUAUGCGGGGUAUGCCCCGGGCAAGAAAGGGUGUAGCUUUUUCCAGUGGGCGGAUUUCAAUGAUGACGGGGAGCCACUCUGGGACAAGACGGCGGUGCAUGAUGAUGCGCCGUGGUUGGAGAACUUCGUAGAAGGACAGGACCAGCUUGAGGCUGGGGUUGGGAGGCACGUAGGAAAUGAGAAGGGGAAUACCAGUAUAUGA